UUAUGAGCUGUCAUGGAGCGGUGCACCAAGAAACUCUCCGACGCGCAAUGUAGUUUAUACGGCUUCCUUGUAUUUUGCGAUGAACAAUUGGGCAGUUCAAAGCAUGGGUGGCCGGCAACUGCUCAGACCCGGGUAGCAUGUGCAACAAACUACCCGACGCGGUGCAUGCUGUUCACAUUUCAGAAGCUGUACACGUGGGGCUGCACGAUAGCGUAAUCAGUUCGAGGUCCAUAGAGCGAGCGCAAAACCAUUACUGGAACAAUUUCCAGACGAGUCUCAUUCUGACUUCCUGCCAGUCCAACAAGCUGCUGAGGAGUGCGCAGGUCUUUCUAGAAUCCACCGGCUAUAAACAACCGAACUCAGCCAUCUCGCAAUCUAAGGUUACCCUUGGAGAGAGCAGGAGAUGUUACUUAGCAUGGGUAGGGUCAUUCUCGCACAUCGAAACCCAGCGCCACUCACCAUCUGAACUGGCGCAGAGCCGGUCGCAGGGCCUUCGGACAGAAAUCCAUUUCGGGAAACAAGCCCAGAGAAGCGUCCCGCGGGCGAAGCCGUACGCUGCAGGACUUCAUGACUUCCAGCCGGCCCUGCUCUCCCAAAGUACCGAGGCACAGUUUUAGGACACGGGGACGCUAAACAUGUUACUGCGAACAAAUGCCAGGUACCCAUGACAAUGAUUGCAUUCACAUCCUUCCCUCCUUCGCGAGAUCAACAGGGUCUGCACUAAAAAGCAAGGCGAGUACUUGAAUCCAGGACAAACGUGCGGAGACGAACAUUUGUACCCCAUAUAUCGGCAUUCCUUGUCUGCCAG